AUGAAUGUUUUCCAUAGGAAACUUUCUGAACUCAUGAAUAUGAAUGCUAUUUUCUCUUACAAUUACGAACAAGCGAUAAUAACUUUGAAUAAUAAAAAUGCAUUAAUUCAAGAAAGAUUCCUAUGGAAAGUUGACAUUCUUUUAGAAAACCAACAAAAUGAGAUAUUUUUGUUAAAAACAGAAAACUUUAAUUUGAAAGAACUUGGUCAAAUUAGUCGUCGUUUGAGUGAAGAACACAAAAAGUCUUCUGAAGUCAAUCGUCUGCGUGAAGAAGUUAAAAAACUGAAAAGGCAUGUUUCCUGA